AUGCCAAAAAAUGAGGUUGUAUAUUAUUAUAAUCAAAAUGUCGGCAAUUAUCAUUACGGAAGGAAUCAUCCGAUGAAACCGCAACGCCUUCAAGUUUGCAACGAUCUCAUUGUGAGCUAUGGGCUCGACAAGAAGCUCAAAAUUGUCGAAAGUCCGAAAUUGGAGCCGGAAGAUUUGCUACAAUUUCACACGAACGAAUAUGUUGAUUUUUUGCGAAGGGCUUCCAAGAAUGAUACCGACAUGGAAUCGGAAUUAAGCAAUUUCAAUAUUGGCGAUGAUUGCCCAAUAUUCGAGGGCAUGUAUGACUAUUGCACACUGUAUGCCGGCGGUAGUGUCGAAGGAGCCCGACGGCUCAACCAUAAGCUCAAUGAUAUUGUGAUUAAUUGGCCCGGUGGUCUUCAUCACGCGAAAAAGGCCGAAGCCAGCGGGUUCUGCUAUGUGAAUGAUAUUGUGCUGGGAAUUCUCGAGUUGUUGAAAUACCACAAACGCGUUUUGUACAUUGACAUCGAUAUUCAUCAUGGCGACGGUGUUCAGGAAGCGUUCAAUCAUACCGAUCGCGUCAUGACCGUCUCGUUUCAUCGAUACGGCAACUUUUUUCCGGGCACUGGAAGCCUGUACGAUAGGGGAGCUGAAGCGGGCCGCUAUUUUGCGGUGAACGUGCCGCUACUGGAAGGAGCUGAUGAUGGAAACUAUCAAUCGGUGUUUGAGCCGGUCAUCAGCGCGGUCAUGGAGAACUUCCAGCCGGAAGCGAUUGUCCUUCAGUGCGGCUCGGACUCGCUCGGCGAGGAUCGCCUCGGCUCGUUCAAUCUCAGCUUCGAAGGGCACGGCAAUUGUGUGCGAUUCGUGAAAUCGUUCGGCAUUCCGAUGCUGGUGGUCGGCGGCGGCGGCUACACGCUGAGGAAUGUCGCCCGAUGUUGGGCGUAUGAGACGAGCAUAUGUUUGGAUUGUGAGCUGUCCGAUGAAAUUCCGACGAAUUCGAUUUAUUAUGAAUUCUUUGCGCCGAAUUAUCAGCUGAAACCGCCGCUGAAAGUGCGGCACAUCAAUCAGAACAAUGAGCAGUAUUUGUCGAUGAUUCGCAAGGAUAUUCUCGAGAGCCUUCGGAUGAUCCAAGGAUCGCCGUCGGUCCAAAUGGGUCCGAUACCGGGGGUGCGGAUGGAGGAGAUUGAGAUGAUCGAGAACACCGAUCGAAAAGAGCGGAAGCGUCGAAAGCGGAAUCGCGAGGCGAACGUUGAAGUCGAGCUGACGGAAACCGAAGGCGAGCUGACCGAAUGCGAGGAUGUCGAGGAGCCGCAGAAGAAGGAGAACGAGGUGGCGCGACUCGGGCGACGAACGACGCGAGUGGAUUACAUGAACGAGGUGCUCGUCGAUGACGAUCCGAAUUUGAAGGAGCAAUUUCCGGCGGCGGCGAAAAUUGCGCCGAAAUUUUGA